AUGGCUAAGCGAGCUGAGAAGAACGACAUGAGUGAGGGAGAGGAGGAGGAGGAGGAGGAGGAGGAGGAGGAGGAGGAGGAGGAGGAGGAGGAGGACGACGACGACGACGACAAGGAGGGCGGCACUGGCAAUGAUUCAGCUCGAGGGAACAGAUACGACGCCCUUCGGAGCAUCCCAAAAGACGAAAGCGAUGACGAGGAUGAUGAUUCAGCACGAGGGAACAGAUGUGAUGACGUGGCAGUUGAAGGAGGAGAGAUGGGCGGCGUUUGCUGUCUGGGCUUGAACGAACCAGCAGGGGGUGGGGCUACUCGCUUGGGGGUAGGUGCAACUGGGGAGGGUGUUUUCGGUGUGGGAGUUUUGGGGGUAGGUGCAACUGGGUAA